AUGCAACACCAGACACAAAGAGAGCCGCCAUCUUUCAUUUUCACCAGAAGCACCCGCAUAUGGGAAUUGUUGGCUGGAGAUGUCGCUGCUGCCGCCGUCUCGGCCACUCUGGUAGCUCCCACGGUCACUAUCAUUGACAGAGCAAUUGUUGAAAAGGCUUCCUCUAAUCAGCCUUUGUUGCGGAGUCUCCGGCAUCAGGCCUGGUCUUUGGUGAAAUCGCCACGUCAUUUCAUGCUUUCAUUGCCCUUCGGUAUUGUUUUGACCCUCUAUGCUGGAACCUACGGAGUUGCCAAUGUUGCAGAGACCAUCUCGGAGAGACUUACCCCAGAGCAUGUUGGCACUAUUGUCGGUGCAUCUGCCUUCUUGGUCAACGUCCCUCUCGGCGUCUGGAAAGACAUCCGCUUUGCUCAAAUGUUCGCCCGCAUCCCAUCACGUGUGGCCAACACUGCAGCUGCCACAGCAACAGCGACAGUUCCCAUGCCCAAACUCCGUCCUUCGCGAUCCGCGACAACAGUCUGGCUUGUACGUGACGCGUUGACUUUAUUUGGAUCAUUCACCUUCGCGCCUCGGCUAGCAGCGGCUAUCCCGGACAACUUGGCAGUCCACCCUCAGACCAUCUCACAGCUAUCUGUGCCCGCUCUGACACAGAUUGUUGCGACACCGCUGCAUCUGCUCGGUCUGGAUCUGACCACCAGGCAGCAUCACGUACCCUGGAUGCAGAGAAUCGCCGACACUACCCGUUCUGGUCUGCUCUCUACUACUAUCGUUCGAUGCUUCCGUAUCUUGCCUGCCUUUGGCUUUGGAUGUAUUGGAAACACGGAAAUGCGCAAAGCCUUGCACAAACAGCAUGAACAGUAUGAUUGA